AUGAACAGACAAGAGAAAUAGGAAGUCGAAUCAGGAUUGCGCAAUCUUUUGGAGGAAAUGAUGAUAUUUAGUAAUGAGAAGAUAUCUGGGAUCGAGUACUGUGAUUGUCAAGAUCUAAUACAGCGAAUCAGCAAGUUGUUUCGAUAACUGAAGAACAGUAAUCUUGAAUACAAAAAGUUGGAAUCCGUAUUGUAAUAAUAGGAAGCAGACAUACGUAAUCACAUAAGUUUAGAAUAGCAGAUGAAGUUAUAUUAAGAUGGUCUUUAAUCUAAGUUGGAGGAGGCCAAUUCUGAAGUCAAGAGACUCCAAUCGGAAGUGUAUAAAUUAAGGAAAUCUAAUUGUUAAUCAGAAUCGAAGAAAAAGGAUUAGAGUCACGAUGGGUCUACUUCGUAUCGACAGGGUUCUCCAAAGAAACAAUGCUCCUUCUCUCAACAUGGAGGAUAUGCUUCCCAUAGAAGUUCAUGUGAUGAACUCUUUAAGAGAUACAAUAAAUUGCUGUAACAAUAGUAGGCCUCGAUAAGUCAACGAUCAAAUAACAUAUAGAUUAGUUAGUAUAUGAUGAAAGGACGGUAGACACUAGCAGAAAUCGUUAAUAUUCAACCAAGCAGGAGUCAGACGAAACACAAUAGCAGUAGUGUGAAUAAGAGUGGAUAUAACAAUUCGAUCAAUUCAGAGGCAAUAAGAAACUUGUUGAAAAUGAAAUGA